UGCCUGUUUAUUACAUCGAAACAACACUUCUCGCAAAGGAGAAGGAGUUCAACUCUCAACUCUCUCUCUCUCUCUCUCCCAAAAUGGCAGCGACACUCUCUCAGCGAUGCUGGGCUGCUCCCGGCGUCAAGCUCAACCCGACCCGAAACCCGAAACCCAAAUCACUCUCUCUUCCCCUCUCAGCCAACUCCACCUGCACCCUCUUCUCCUUCUCUCCUCCCUUCCCCAAACUCUCCUCCUCCUCCGUCCGUACCGCCGUCGCCGCCGUCGAGUCCGACCAGCUCAGCAGCUCCUCUACCGAAAAGAAACCGAGCAAGUACUACUUUGUUGUGGCGAAUGCCAAGUUCAUGCUGGACGAGGAAGAGCAUUUCCAGGAACAGCUGUUCGAGCGGCUUCGGUUGUUUAAGGAGAGGAACAAUGAGCAGGACUUUUGGCUUGUGAUCGAGCCUAAGUUUUUGGAUAAGUUUCCCGACAUUACUAGAAGACUAGGCAGGCCUGCUGUGGCUCUUGUCUCCACUAAUGGCCCUUGGAUUACGUAA